AUGGGCAUCGUUAGACAAGAAAUUCAGGCAGCACAGUUUGAAUUGAAGCCAGUCAUGUUCCAGAUGCUUCAAACUGUGGGCCAGUUUAGUGGGAUUCCAACCGAAGAUCCCCACCUUCAUCUUCGAUUGUUCAUUGAAGUGAGUGAUUCAUUCAUGCUGCCCAGAGUGACAGAGGAUGCACUAAGACUAAAGUUGUUCCCAUACUCCUUGAGAGACAAAGCUAGAGCUUGGUUGAACUCUUUGCCAUCUGAUUUUGUGCGUACUUGGCAAGAGUUGGCUGAGCGGUUUUUGAUGAAGUAUUUCCCUCCCACUAAGAAUGCCAAGCUCCACAAUGAGAUUACUUCAUUUCAGCAACUUGAUGAAGAAUCUUUAUAUGAGGCAUGGGAGCGGUUUAAGGAGUUGUUGCGCAAAUUCCCUCAUCAUGGCAUUCCUCAUUGCAUCCAGAUGGAGACAUUUUAUAAUGGUCUAAAUGCCCACACUAGAAUGGUGGUUGAUGCUUCAGCGAAUGGGGCUCUUCUUGCUAAGUCCUAUAAUGAGUGGCCCACUUCUAAAUUUUCUACAAGUAGAAAGGUGGCUGGUAUUCAUGAUGUAGAUGCCAUCACUUCUUUGGUAGCCCAAGUCUUCUCUAUUUCUAAUAUGCUCAAGACAAUGAAUAUGGGAAUGAAUCAGUCAAUGGGGCAGCCCAUGGGGACACAAAUGGGGCCUAUGGAGAACAUUUCUUGUCCCAUCAUGAGGCAACAUCCCAACUUCUCGUGGAGUAAUCAAGGGGCUGGCCCUAGCAAUUCUUCUAUGCCUCCAAGACCAAAUUUCCCACCGAGUUAUCCCCCACAAGCACCACAACAAAGGCCACAACAAAAAGCAAUGCAAUCUAGCUCUCUUGAGAACAUGUUGAAGGAGUAUAUAGUGAAGAAUGAAGCCAUGAUCCAAAGCCAAGCAGCAUCAUUGAGAAACUUGGAGAUUCAAGUUGGACAUCUUGCUAAUGAGAUGCGUAGUCGACCCCAAGGCUCAUUGCCAAGUGACACCAUAAACCCAAGAGGAGAAGGUAAAGAGGACUGCAAAGCAAUCAAUUUGAGAAGUGGGAAGGAGUUGGAGAAUUCCAAGACAAAUUCUGGGCAUGAGGGUGAGCCCUCUUCAAUCCAAAUAAAUGAGGAAAUUAAAAAAGAUGCUGAAAUUCCUAGUGUACAAAAAUCUGCCUCUGCCCAGAAUGCUGCAGCAUCAGCACCCAGACAGCUCAAUUUCAAAGCAGCCACCUCCAUUUCCCCAACGAACAAGUUGCCUCCUAAAAUGAAAGAUCCAGGAAGUUUCACCAUUCCAUGUACUAUUGGAGACUCUUAUAGUGGGAUGGCCUUGUGUGAUUUGGGUGCUAGCAUAAACUUGAUGCCAAUGUCUGUGUUCAAGCGGUUAGGGAUUGGAGAGGUUAGACCUACAACAGUUACCCUUCAACUAGCUGAUAGAUCCCUCGCUCACCCUGAUGGAAAAAUUGAACAUGUGUUGGUAAGAGUUGACAAAUUCAUUUUUCCUGCUGACUUUUUUGUUCUAGACUAUGAGACAGAUAUAGAGGUGCCUAUUAUUUUGGGGAGGCCAUUCCUUGCUACAGGUAGAACCUUGAUGGAUGUGGAAAAGGGUGAGCUCACAAUGAGAGCUCAAGAAGAACAAGUAACUUUCAAGGUAUUCAUUCCUAUACGUUCUCCAGAUGAAGUAGGAGAUUGUUUUGCCAUUACUGUCAAAAACUCUAAUAUGGAGGAAGAGGUACCCAUAAGGUAUAGCAAGAAAGUGAGGACGAGGCCAUCUCCUAAAGAAUUUGAGAGCAACAAUGAGAUAGGGGCAAGUAUAAAUAAGGUACCAUCUCAUUUGCAAGAGCCCCAUAGGAAGAAGAAAAAAAAAAAGAAGUGUGGUAGGAAAGCUCAUUCCCAAAGGUUCGAAGUAGGGCAGCGGGUGUGUUUCUCUAAUUCUCAAAUGAAAGCAAGUUCCAGACAUCUAACAUCAAGUUUCUCUGAUUCAUUCUUGAUAAUUAAAGUCUUUCCUUGUGGUGCAUUGGACUUGCGUGAUGAAAUUUCAGGAAGAAAGUUGAAGGUGAAAGGGAAAGAACUUAAGUUUGGGGGUGGCGAGGUUAAGCAAAAUAAGACCUCGCUCAUUUUGAAGGGUCCUUGA